AGUUAGGGCGGCGGAUGGAGGUCAGAGGUGGUUCUGGCGGCGUAGGUCUUGUGGCACGGGGAGAAGGGGCGGCUGGGCGUGGGUUUCGAGGCGUGGCUGGGAAGGUGUCAGGGGUCCUGGGAUGCGGUGAAACUGGGGAGCAAGUUGGGACGCGGUGGGAUGCGGUGUGCCUGGCCGUCCACUCGUUCCGUGCUGGCUUGCCAGUGCGCACGCUUCCUCUCUAAUCUAGCUCGCGCGGCCGGGCCUGGAAGACGCCGCCCCUGUUGACCGUCCAUGACCCCAGCGGGCCAGUUUUCGUGACUUAGUGGUUUGGAAUCAGUUGCUAGGAGUCUUGUCUCUCUGCCACCCAGGACGUUAUGGCAGCUCACCUGGUAAAGCGAUGCACGUGCCUCCUGAGAGAAGCUGCUCGUCAGGCCCCUGCCAUGGCUCCAGUUGGCCGACUGAGACUUGCCAGGGUAGCCCAUAAGACUCUGACUUCCUCAGCCACCUCACCCAUUUCCCACUUCCCAGGUUCCUUGGUGGAGCUGGUGGAGAAGAAACAAGCGUUUACUCCCUACACAGAGAACCAUGUGGACCGUCUCAUCAAGAAGGCCGCAAGGCCAGAGGAGCUCCUGGAGCUCCUUGGUGGCAGCCACCACUUGGACAACAAUCAUGCGGCCCUAGUACUUAUCCGGCUCUCUCACUUGCUGUCUGAGAAGCCAGAAGACAAAGCCUUGCUUAUACAGGAUGCCCGCUUUCAGCAACUUCUCUGUCUGCUCAACAGUCAGGUGGGUGCCGGAGUGUUGUCUGAGAGCAUGGACAAGAGGAAAACAGCCAGAAAUGCUGGGGUCCACAGCAGCCAGUGCUUACCAAACAUAGACAGGGGCCCUGCAUGUCUUGUGAUAAACUCGGUCUGGCAUGGUUCCCUCUCGAGGUUGCUGCGGAGCCUCUAUGCUCUGGGCCUCCCCAGGACCUCCAAGGAGCUGCAGUCAGUGGAGCAGGAGGUCCGCUGGCGCAUGCGGAAGCUCAAGUACAAGCACCUGGCCUUCCUGGCAGACUCCUGUGCCACCCUCUCACAGGAACAGCACUCCCAGGAGCUGCUGACUGAGCUUCUCAUGCACCUGGAAAGGCGCUGGACAGAAAUUGAAGAUGGCCAUACAUUAGUGACCAUCAUGAUGAAAGUGGGACACCUCUCAGAGCCACUGAUGAACCGCCUGGAAGACAAGCACAGUCUUGAGAAGAGGGCAUGGCAGGCAGCUCCUAAAGUAACACAGUGCUUGGAGUUGGUGGAGCAGUUUGGCCCCGACGAGCUGCGGAAGGUGCUGGUGACACUGGCAGCUCAGAGCCGGCGGUCCGUGCCCUUGCUGCGGGCCAUCUCCUACCACCUGGUGCAGAAGCCGUUCUCUUUGACGAAAAGUGUGCUCUUGGACCUGGCCUACGCCUAUGGCAAACUUGGCUUUCACCAGACCCAGGUGUCCCAGCGCCUGGCUGCCGACCUGCUGUCCCUCACGCCCAGCCUGACUUCUGGUGAGGUGGCCCGCUGUGCCAAGUCCUUCGCCUUACUCAAGUGGCUCAACCUGCCACUGUAUGAGGCCUUUGCCCAGCACGUCCUGAACAGAGCGCAGGACAUCACCGUGCCUCACCUAUGCAGCAUACUACUGGCUUUUGCGCGUCUGAACUUCCAUCCAGACCAAGAGGAUGAGUUUUUCAGCCUGGUACAUGAGAAGCUGGGGUCAGAGCUGCCAGGCCUGGAGCCAGCCCUGCAGGUGGACCUGGUGUGGGCCUUGUGUGUGCUGCAGCAGGCACGGGAAGCAGAGCUGCAAGCCGUCCUCCACCCUGAAUUUCACAUCCAAUUUCUAGGGGGCAAGUCUCAGAAGGAUCAGAACACCUUCCAGAAGCUGCUCCACAUCAACGCCACUGCCAUGCUAGAGCACCCCGAUUACUCAGGUCCCCUUCUGCCAGCCUCGGCUGUGGCCCCUAGGCCCUCAGCCCUUGACAGGAAGGUGACCCCCCUGCAAAAGGAGCUGCAGGAGACACUGAAGGGGCUGCUGGGGAGCGCCGACAGGGGCAGCCUCGAGGUGGCCACGCAGUAUGGCUGGGUGCUGGAUGCUGAGGUGCUGCUGGACAGUGACGGCCAGUUUCUGCCCGUAAGGGACUUUGUGGCACCUCAUCUUGCCCAGCCAACUGGGAGCCAGCCACCACCUGCAGGGGCUAAGAGGGUAGCUUUCCUGCGGUGGGAGUUCCCCAACUUCAGCACCCGAAGUAAGGACUUGUUGGGUCGCUUUGUUCUGGCCCGGCGACACAUACUGGCUGCAGGCUUCCUGAUAGUGGACGUCCCAUUCUAUGAGUGGCUGGAACUCAAGUCUGAAUGGCAGAAAGGCGCCUACCUCAAGGACAAGAUGCGCAAAGCAGUGGCUGAGGAGCUGGCCAAGUGACUUGUGCCAGCAGCAUGGGCCGCAUGCCUCUCCACUGGAGGUCUAGCCGUGGGUGGGCAAGAAGGGUCACCCUUGAGGACAAACCUCCGUGCAGGACCUUCGCCAGAGUGGGGAGGGUGGCCAGGUGCUCUGAGGGACAGAGCAUCCUCUUAUGUGUAAUAAAUCUUUUAAUUUUGGUGUUAGACCCCUGGGGCCUUCCCAGGCUUUGUCACCCUCUGCACUCUCA